UUAAAAGUGGCCGUUUGUUCUUCUAAUUUUAUCUUGAAAAAAAUCGCAAUACGUCGUAAAAGAGAACGCGGUAAAAGCGCGAAAUUCCGCGCUAAAAUGAGUCUUAAUAUAUCAAAGUUAUUUUCAAGAAAGAAAACCGGCACAAUUGAUACAGUCGCUGAGAUUGGUCGUCCUACCAAUGUUUCUCAUAAAUUUCAUGUGAGUAAAAAUGCCGAAACAGGACAAUUGGAAGGUCUUCCUGAAUCUUGGAUUCGUUUGCUUAAUACACAAAUAUCAAAAUCAGAGCAAGAUGAACAUCCUGCUGCAGCUUUGCAAGCAAUCAAAUUUUAUAAUUACUCGAUAAAACGGAAACCAGAAGAAAAAGUAUUCAAACCUUUCGUUACAGAAGAUUUGAUUGAAGAAGAAUCUCAGGAAAUUGAUAAAAUUUUAUCAAAAAAAUGUCAAUCUGAAGAUUCAGAUGAAUCGAGUACUGCAAGUUCAACAGAUAGUCAAGUGCAGGAGUUACCAGAACUUCCACCAAAAGUUAACAAAAUUCCAAAACCUACACCACGAAUGUGCCCUGAAAGAGUUGAAAAAACUAUUACUGAAAUUCUUGAAGAUUUAAGUACAUAUCAAAUUGAAGAUGAUCAUCCACUUGAAAUUGAAAAUGAACAAAAUAAAACAGAAGAGAGCCCUAUUUUACGAAAGAAAAUAGAAUCUUCUACAAUGAAACUUAAUGAUGAAGAAAUUUUUGAAGAACUUCGAGCCAUUUGUCAUAAUGGAGAUCCAAAUCUUCGUUUUGAAAAAACUAAAGAAGUUGGGGCUGGUGCUUCAGGUACUGUAUUUAUAGCUACUGAUAUACAAACUAAUCAAAAAGUUGCUAUAAAAGACAUAGAUUUAUCAAAACAGCCAAAGAAAGAAUUAAUAUUGACUGAAAUCAAAGUUCUUAAGGAAUUUCAACAUCCAAAUUUGGUGAAUUUUUUGGAUGCAUAUCUUUUAAAUGAGCAUCUCUGGGUUGUUAUGGAAUUAUUAGAAGGAGGACCACUUACAGAUGUUGUUACUGAAACUGUAAUGAAAGAAGUACAAAUUGCAGCAGUUUGUAGAGAAGUUUUAAAAGCAAUUAGUUUUUUACAUACAAGAGGAAUUAUUCAUAGAGAUAUCAAAUCAGAUAAUGUACUUCUUGGAAUGAAUGGUGCUGUGAAAGUUACAGACUUUGGUUUUUGUGCUAAUAUUGAUGGUGAUGAAAAACGUCAAACUAUGGUUGGUACUCCAUAUUGGAUGGCACCAGAAGUAGUGACGAGAAAACAAUAUGGUAAAAAAGUAGAUAUAUGGUCUUUAGGUAUUAUGGCCAUUGAAAUGAUAGAAGGUGAACCACCUUAUAUGAAAGAAACACCUUUAAGAGCUUUAUAUUUAAUUGCUGCUAUUGGUAAGCCUUCUAUACCUAGAUGGGACACAUUAAGUCCAACAUUUCAAAAUUUCUUAGAAAAAUGUUUGGCAGUUGAAGUUGAUGACAGAGCAACUGCAGAUGAGUUAUUAUCUCAUCCAUUUUUAGAAAAUUGUGCAGAAUUAACAAGUCUGAUACCAUUAAUAAGAACUGCACAAAGAAUUCUUCAUAAAGUGUUCCAUUAGAUAAUUUUUUUAAAUAGAACUUAAAACCUAUUUUUAUAUGAAUAUAAUAUUGCAUUGAUUACUUACACAAUGCAAUAAGUAUUCUAUAUAUAUUGCACA